CGGCGCCGAGGUUCAGGUCAUCGGGCUUCCUCCACCCGAGACCACGCCCAUAUGUGCCAACCCUUAACGCCUGCGCAGACGGCGGCGUCCGUCCAUCACCAUGGCAGCAUGCACGGGGGGCCCAGGAACUGGAGUUAACAGAUUGAGAACAGAAGGGUGUUCGUGUUGGUGCCAGGAAUCAAACCUGGAUCCUCUGAAAGAGCGGCAGCACUAUUAACCACUGAGCGUCUCUCCAGCCUCGAGACCUCCAGCCUGGUAUCUUACUGGCAAUGUGAACUAGCAUUAGACUUUUAAAAGUUGCCAGGCAGAGUUAAAAAGCCAACAGUUGGCAACGUGUGUAGGCACUGCACUGGAUAACAGUGCUUAGGGAGGAGAUUAAAGGAAAACCUGGUAUACUGAUCCUGGAGUGAAAACAUACUGGGUUAUUUUCUCAGAAACAAUCAGAUCACGACAGAAGAUGGCGCUGAGAUUGUCUGGUAUCACGCAGCCAACCACAAGUCCCAGAUGCGUGAGGCACUGAGGAGUGCUGCCCACAUGAUAGAGGCUGAUGUCCUUCUUCCUAGUGAUGGAUCAGAGCAUGGCCAGCCAAUCAUGGCCCAUCCUCCUGAGACAUACAGUGAUAACACUCUGCAGGAGUGGCUGGCUGAGGUCAUCAAGAGCAACAAGGGCAUCAAGCUGGAUUUCAAGAGUCUGGCAGCCGUCAGAGCGUCCAUGCUGAUCCUGGAGAAUGUGAAGCAUCUUCUUCAGCGUCCCGUGUGGAUCAAUGCUGAUAUUCUUCCUGGGCCAAACGGAAGCAGCAAAGUUGUGGAUGCCAAAGCCUUUCUAGACACCGUGACAUCUUCCUUUCCAGAUGUGACCUUCUCCUUGGGUUGGACAACAGGCUGGCAUCCUGAGAAAGUCAAUGAAGGCUACAGCUGGACAAUGGUGAAAGAGAUGGCCUACAUAUGCCGUGGACUGACCCAGCCUGUCACGUUUCCUGUCAGGGCAGCUUUGGUCAGGCAGUCUUGUUCUCAGUUGCUGUGGCUGUUGAAGAAAUCAAACAGGUACAGCCUGACUGUUUGGACUGGAAAAGAUGACAAUUAUUCCACUGAAGAUUUACUUUAUAUUCGAGACUACUUUAAUAAAACCCAAGUUUUCUAUGAUAUUUUGGAUCCACAAAACCAUGAAUUUAAACAAGCCAUUGGGAUCCGAGUCCCUCUUUAAGAAUACAAGAAUUCACUUCUUCUAAAUCCGUUUCUCUUUUGGCUUCAUAUCCUUCUCUGCUUUGUCAAAAUUAAUUACUGUAUUAAUAGUGAUUAUUGGUUUGUGCUAAAUUUAUCCAAUCAAAAUGUCUAUUGUGUACUUCCUCCACCUUUAUAAUGUCAUAUGGCUGUGCGUAUGAAAGAUUUCCCAGCUGCAGUAAAACUGUCCAAGCUGGGUGUGCUAGAACAUGCUUUUAACCCUACAACUUAGGGGACUGAGGCAGGAAAAUCAAGAGUUCAAGGCCAGCCUGGACAACAUUGUGAUACCCUAUCUCAAAAACAAUUUUUAUAAAUUCUCUGUAAUCACCAGACAUUAAUUUUGUAAAAAAUUUCAAUUAUUGAAUUGACUACUUUUUGAUGAAAUUAGGAGCACGAUAUAUUUGUCCAGAAUGAAAUACUUCCUAUCUAGCCCUUAACAAUUUUCUUGAAAAGUUUUCCUAUGUUUGUUUGUUUGUUUGUUUAUUUAUUUAUUUAUUUAUUGUAUGCAUGUGUAUGUGAGUGUGUCAUGAUGCAUAUGUAGCAGUCAGAGGAAAGUCUCUAGGCACAGGUUCUCUUCUUCCACCUGUGUGUCCUGGAGAUGACACGCAGGUUGUUAGGCUUGGCAGCAAGCACCUUUACUGCUGAGCUGUAUGUCUGGCCUCAUAAUCUGAAGACAAUAGUAUAUUCUAAGUGACAUUCAAGAAGCUGCCACUUAGAUUUAGAUAUAAAGAAAUUAAGCUGUUCUAAGAAACAAAAGUGCUUAGAGAGAAUCAUGAGAUUUAUUCUACUGCAAAGUAUAUUCUGAAUGAUUACUUGUGUGGGUAAAUACCUGUGCUCAGAUCUUCACGGCACACAUGACUGAAGAGCACCUUUGGCCUAAACACAAAGCCGAGCUUAGAAGGCAUUUGGCAGUGAGUGUAAAGACCUCCUGGCUUCUGAGACAGGCAGGAAGCACUAACUCUAAAAGAAAAUACAGAUAAAUGGAUUUGAACAAGCGUCUCAUCAAAAUACACCAUUGAGAUGGCUCAGUAGUUAAGGGCAUUGACAGCUUUUCCACAAGACUCAAAGUUCAGUUCUUGACACCUACAUGGUGUCUUACCACCAUCUGAAACUCCAGAUCUACAGGAUGGAAUGCCCCCUGCUGAUCUCCUUGAGUACUGCACUCAUGUGGUGCACAGACACACAUGCAGGCAAAACACUUAUACACAUAAAAUAAAAUUAAAUUCUUAAAAAAAAAACAGCACUGGGGCAUAUCUGACAAAGGACUGCUAUUUUAUGUCAUGUACACCUAUAAAGUGGUAAAAAGUCAAAAGCUUGAAUUAAAAAUGAGGAAAAAUUGACAGCUACACCAUGAAAUAAUAUAUCCACAUGCCCAAAGCAAGUUUUGCAGAAAAGGUUCUGGACAGUAUUACUGUUCAUACAGGAAAGGCAGUUUAGGCCACAGUGAGAUACUAGUGCAUACAUCCCAGAACAGCUAAUACUAGAAGGACUGGCAGCUUGUAGGGGGCAAAGGAAACAUUCCUGCAGUUUUCAGUAAAGACAGUAUCUCUGACUAGGAUCCAGCCAUUGUAUCCAUAAGCAUGAAGUCAGGGGAGUUCUCAUGCUCACAGAGAAGAAUUGUGAUAGAAUGCUGGUAGCCGUUGUAUUCUGAGCCCUAGUUAGAAACAACACAUUUUCACCAGCAGGAUGUAGACAGGGGUUUCUGUUCCAUCUGGUCCUGCAGCCGUUCGGUCCCAAAGAAAUACAUAGAGGUCUACUACAUUAAUCAUAAACUGGUUGGCCUAGUAGCUUAGGCUUAUUGUUAACUAAUUCUUACAUCUU